ACGAAAGGCCAUACUCGUAAAGCAGCAGAAAUAACCCUGGACGCUGGAAUCAGCAGACUCGCCAGUCGUGUUGUGCGUCUCACAGUGCUAACUAGUGACAUCAAACAUGGUUCUGGAUACUGAAGACUGGGCCGAUGAGCUCCCACCAGAACAAAUCGCCGUCCUCCGCAAAGCGUUCGAUGGCUUCGACCACAACCGCUCGGGCAGUAUCCCAUGUGAUUUCGUAGCUGACAUCCUUCGAAUGAUGGGUCAGCCCUUCAACAAGAAGAUCCUUGAAGAGCUUAUCGAGGAGGUUGAUGCUGACAAAUCCGGUCGUCUGGAAUUCCCUGAAUUCGUCACUCUUGCUGCUAAGUUUAUCGUAGAAGAAGACGCUGAGGCUAUGCAGAAAGAACUCAGAGAAGCCUUUAGAUUAUACGAUAAAGAAGGCAAUGGUUACAUUCCCACAUCGAGCUUGCGUGAAAUCCUUCGCGAGCUUGAUGAGCAGCUGACUGAUGACGAGCUCGACGGCAUCAUCCAAGAAAUCGACACGGACGGCAGCGGCACAGUAGACUUCGAUGAGUUCAUGGAGAUGAUGACCGGCGAAUAAUCAUACUUAUCUGAACGCUUUUUGUACUUUAAUAAAUUAAUAAAUUUAAGGUUAUUUAUAUAUUUCAUACACUUUGGUACUUCAACCUUUCGAGUCUUGGAAUUAUUGAACAAAUAGCAUACAGCUAAAAUUAGGUAAACUCUAAAGUAUUCGUAAGAUGUAUGUUAUUGUACAAAAUAAUCCCUUGUUCUCGUAUAAUUGAUGUGUGUGGCUGAACAAUGUUUAUAUCUACUUUAUUAAUAAAUCUUUUACAAUAUU